GAUCAAAAAUUGCUGCCCCGCGCGCGCGGCGCCCCGCGUCAGAGACGAUCCGAUGCCCGGGUCGCGGAGCCACCUGCCCGCGACCGGCGACGCCGACGCCCUCCUCCGCCUCGUGGCCGCCUGCCGCGCGCCCGCUCACCUCGCCUCCCUCCGCGCCGCGCACGCGCGCCUCCUCCUGCUGCUCCACCCUUCCCACCCCUCCGCCGCACCGGCCCGCGUCAAGCUCAUCCAGGCCUACGCCGCCUGCUCCGCGCUCCCCGCGGCCCACGCCGUGCUCAACUCUCUCUGCUCCCCCGAUCGCGGCGCCGCCGCCACCAUCUGCUUCAACGUCCUCAUCCGCGCGCUCACCGCCGCCUCGCUCCACCGCGACGCGCUCCGCCUUUUCGCCUCCAUGCGGCCGCGGGGCUCCGCCUGCUUCCCCGACCACUACACCUACCCGCUCGUGCUCAAGUCGUGCGCGGCGUCGAAGGACCUCCAACUCGGCCUCCAGAUCCACUCCGCCGUCGCCAAGCUCGGCCUCGACGCGAACCGCUACGUGGCGCACUCCGCGAUCAGCAUGUACGCGCGGUGCGGCUGCCCGGAGGACGCGCACAGGGUGUUCGACGGAAUGCAGAACCGGGAUGUCGUCUCCUGGAACGCCAUGAUCUCUGGGUUCGCGCGUGUGGGAUUGUUCGAACGUGCUGUGGAUGUUUUCAAGGAGUUUGUAGCGCUGCCGUAUUCAAUCCCCGAUGCCGGCACAAUAGCAAGCAUCUUGCCAGCUAUGGGGAAUGCCAAGGCAGAGGACAUAGUAUUAGUCAGGAAAGCGUUCAACGAGAUGCAGUUGAAAGAACUUAUUUCUUGGAAUGCAAUGCUCGCUAUAUAUGCUAACAAUGGGUACCAUGUUAAGGCUGUUGGACUGUUCUUGAAGAUGGAAAAGGAUGGGGUCGAACCUGAUUCAAUGACUGUGGCAACAGUUCUUCCUCCCUGUGGGGAGCUCUCAACAUUUUCGGCGGGAAAACGGAUCCACGAGAUUAUCAAAAAGAAAGGUAUGCUCCCGAACUUAUUGCUUGAAAAUGCUCUCACAGACAUGUAUGCCAGCUGUGGAAGUCUGAAGGAUGCUAGGAAUGUUUUUGAUUCCAUGAGUGCACGGGAUGUGAUAUCAUGGACUUCAAUCAUAUCUGCUUAUGGCAAGCAUGGUCAUGGAAGAGAGGCUGUUGAUCUUUUUGAGAAGAUGCUAGGACUGGGUCUGGAACCAGACUCUAUUGCCUUCGUUGCAGUUCUCGCAGCAUGCAGCCAUGCUGGCCUUUUGGAUGUUGGAAAGCGCUACUUUGAUUCCAUGACUUGCAGGUAUCACAUUACUCCAAAAGCAGAGCACUAUACUUGCAUGGUGGACCUUCUCGGCCGUGCUGGAUGUAUAGGUGAGGCAUAUGAUUUCAUCAUGACAAUGCCAAUUGAGCCAAAUGAAAGAGUCUGGGGAGCGUUAUUACAAGCUUGUCGAAUUCACUCCAAUAUGGACGUUGGGCUUGUGGCAGCAGACAGUUUGUUCAGAUUGGUACCUGAACAAACAGGAUACUAUGUGUUAUUAUCUAAUAUGUAUGCUAGGGCUGGAAGAUGGGCUGAUGUUACCUCGGUGAGAAAUGCCAUGGCAAACAAGGGUAUCAAGAAAUUGCCUGGUGCUAGCAUUGUUGAGCUAGGGGACCAGGUUCACACAUUUCAUAUUGGCGAUAGAUGUCACCCACAAUCCGAAAUGAUCUAUCAGAAAUUAGAUGAGCUAUUGGGAAGAAUCAGGGGAAUGGGUUAUAACCCAGAAGUGGAUGCUACACUUCAUGAUGUUGAAGAAGAAGAUAAGGAGCGUCACCUUUCAGUUCACAGUGAGAAAUUGGCUAUUGCAUUUCUACUCAUAAACACUAGUCCAGGGACACCUAUCAGGGUAGCGAUGAAUCUCAGAACAUGUGGUGAUUGCCAUCUUGCUGCAAAGCUUAUUUCAACUAUCACUAGUAGAGAGAUUAUCCUCAAAGAUAGUAAUAGGAUCCACCAUAUAGUACAAGGUGGUUGCUCUUGUGGGGACUACUGGUAAAGGAUUUAGGAGUAUCAUAUACUGCAUUAUUGUUGAGUCAACCGUGGCUGUUUGAAGAGAAAGGAUCUUUGCUCUUUCAAGCAUGAAGCCUCAAUUCACCUUUCUUCCUGCAUGUGCGUGCUAGAUUCAAUGGAUGAUAGUUGUCUGGACAGAAUCUGUCACAUUGCAACAUCUUGCUCACCAGAGUCAAAAGAAAACAAAAACCUAUAUAGGCAUGAGCACUUGACUUCCUCAUCUGGUUGUUCCAUGCAGCGAAAUCAAUCUAACAGAAAAACUAAACAGAAGUACCCUGUACACAAAUCAAAUAUCAGCUUUCAAUUGCUCAGCUUUUGUGAAGCAGAUGUGUAUAACAGGUGGAGCCUAGGCAUACAAGAACAUUCACAUUUGCCUGCUCGAGUGUAUUUGCCUACCAUCUUUCAACUGAACAAGAAGCGGUGGAACAGAGAUGUUCAAGAAGCAUGUAAGCAAUGGUAUGAUACUACUUUAAAGUCUGAGUCUACAUACUGUCCCAACAAAUCUAAGGAACAAGUGUCGUGGAAGCUAUUUCCCCAUAGCCCAUGCUCAGAAGCUACAUGGCUUUCUCAAAAACAGCAUUCUAAGCAGUUCUCGCUUCGCUCCCAAGAAAAGCUGUAUACAUGGCAGUCCUUUUGCGAUAAUGCAUCCUACUAGAUCGUCAGGGGAGGCAAGCAGUUCUAGGAGUGAAAACUACAAAGAUUUUUAUCAUGUUUUCUGCGCCAGGAAUCCAAGGCAUCCACUUCUUUUCCAUCGCUACUUUCUUGUCAUGAUUACAAAUCUGUUUAUUUAAGGUUUUGUUUUCAUGCCAGCUUGCAAAUUGCUUAUAUAGCAUUCCAUGGUUAAGUACUAAAAAACCACAUCAUAUCUUUUAGUAAUUUUAUUAUGUGAAUUUAUGAAAGUUACAAAAAUCAUGUUCCAUGAAUAAAUUACACAGAUUCUAUAUUUAUGAGUACUUGUCAGCAAGGCAUUUCUAAAAAAAGAAAAAGUUUUUUUUUUGGUAGCAAACUUUCUGCAAUCAUCCUUGCAUUUAUUUUAUCUUUUGGCCUUAAAACAUAUGGAGUGUAUAAUGUCUAAAAACGGGCGCAUGAAAAGGAUGGUUUGUACCAGGUCAACAAACAAAGAUAGCGUGGAAUUAAGGUGGAAAACUGGAAGCAUAUCUUUUCUUAUUUAUCAGAGGUAGGAUUUAAAGGGUACUAACCAGCAUCAUUAGUUGCAUAAAGUUUUUAAGCUCUAUUGCUGGUAUGCAGAUCACCUCCCUCCCAAACGCCCAAAGUCCAAAGAGCCAUGUUUGACGCAAAACCUCCUCGGCUCCUCGCCCGACUUCCGUUUACACUUGUUUGUAACGUCUUUUAAAAAAAUGAUCUGGACAUUAAAAUUUCAUUCUCCAGUAUAAUGAUCACGCAGCUUGAUGAGAAGGUUCCUAAACUGAUUAUCCAUUAUGAUUAUGGGAAAAAGAAGCUGGCUGUUGCAGAAGAAAUCGUUUGAUUUCCCUUGAAGGCGGCACAUACUAGCAAACAGCUUACAUGACAACACAUAGCAGGGAGGCAAUAUGGACGCGACACAGUCAAUAAAGAACGUCAAAUUGAGACCAUCGUCGUUGAUACCUUUUUUUUUCAUCAUCAAUCUUCUACAACGUGUCCGCUGUUUUAUUACACGGCCAGUUUAGCUUAUCCAGGAUCUAGGAUACACUGAAAUGCACUAUGAACUGCCAAGCUACAGAAGCAGUACAGUAUUUCAACGAGUGAAAAUGACAUUUUCGGUC